AUCUAGAUGAUGAUGGAAACAAUAGGAAACAGUAGUUUUAUUUUCAUCGACAAUUCAGUUAACUUGAUUAAAUUGUUUCGAUAUUUUAAUUGCUCGACAAUAAUUAACAAUGACAGGUAUAAGAAUCUUAAUUAUAUGUGCUUCAAUUGUUACUACUUCAAUUUGUGCUCCAACAUUGGAUGACGAUCUGAGCGAUUCAAUUAAAAUAACCUUUGGUAUUGACGGGAAUCCUCAAGGUGAUGAUGGCUCACUUUCUAAUUCAGAUGAUGAUUCGGGUAUUGGUCGGCUUUUCUCCGGGCUUGGAAUAGAUAUGAGUGCUAAUGGUGAAUUGGGUUCUGGUUUGGGAUUAAAUAAAGAGGAAAAAACUAAACAAACGAGAGAGCAAACAGAAAGUGAAGAUGAUACGGAGGAAGAAGCGGAAGAAGAAACGGAAGAUGAGGCAGAAGAAGACGUCGAUUCUGAAGAUUCUGAUUCGUACUCCGAAGAAUCUAAAAGUUCGAGUUCCAACUCUGAAGAUUCUGAAGAUGAGGAUGAAGAAGAUGAAGAAGAUGAAGAAGAUGAAGAUGGCAACAUAAUAGAAAAUACCCUGAAAAUGGUUAACAAAGGGGCAACUUCAGGUUUGGAUCGUGCUGAUGGUCGCGGAUUCGUGGAUAAAGUAACUGGAUUAUUAGAUUUUGGUUCUGCUUCAGAUUCAAAAUCAUCUGAAAAAAGUAAAUCGAACCAAAGUUCAAGAAAAGGAACAAAAAGUGCAAGUGAAUCAUAUUCUUCAUAUGAUAGUGAUAAUGGCGAUCAAUCAAGUGCUGAUGAUACAACAUUCGGACUUAAGUCCACUCUCGAUUACGGGAUGGGAACUGGUAAAAGUUUUGCAAGCAGAUUAGGAGGUUUGUUUGAAGCAUUUGGAAAUGGUUUUGGGACAUCGUCUUCGGACUCAGAUGAUGUGUCGAGCUCACGUUCGGAUUCAGAUUCUCAACAGACUGAAAGGUUUUCAUCAAGUAAAUCGUCACAAAGAGGUAGAAACUCUGAGAGCAACGAUGAACAAAUCAAUGAUUAUUCUGAUAGUGAUUCUUAUCAAUCAAAUGAUCAAAGAAAUCGAAAACAUUCAAUAAAUAGCAUCGCCAAUAGUUUAGGACAAAUAGUUAAUUCGUUUGGAUUAGGAUCGUUCGGUUCCGAUUCAAGGUCGGUAUCUAAUUCAGGAAGUGCGUUAAAUACCGGAAGCAAUGAUUCAACCAGUAGAGGAAAAUCAUCUUAUUCGAGUAGCUCAGCUUCUUCUUCAGCCUCAUCGGCUUCAAAUUCUAAUUCAGGUAAUUCGAUGAACGAACUUACCUCACAGUCAGGUCAGAGUAUGACUUCAGGUUCAAGUUCGGUAUCUAAUUCAAAAGAUGCAUCAAGCAUAGGAUCAAAUACCGGAAGUAAGGAUUCGAAAAGUGCGUUAGAAAAUUCUUCCUCAUCAUCCGCAUCGGCAGGUUCGUCCUCAUCUGCUUCAAAUCAGAAAAUGAACAAUAAAAAUUAUCCAAAUUCGAACUCAGGCUAUUCAAUGAACGGAGUUACUUCAAGUGCAAGUUCAAAUUCAGUAAAUUCAAUGAGUGAAUCACCUUCGCAAUCGGGACAAAGUACGACCUCAGGUUCGAGUAGAUCCUCGUCAUCUAAUAAAAAUCAAGGAUCAACAAAUAAAAUCAGACAGGAAAUGCAAACAGUUCAGCAUCAUCAUCAUCAUCCAUAAAUUCAUCAAAUUCAAAUUCAAAUUCAAGCUCAAGUUCAUCUUCAACCACCGAUUCCAGAGCUCAGAGUAAUCGUAUUGACCAAAACACUAACGAUCCCAAUGGUCAAGGAGGAUUUUUACAAAAAUUAACUUCCAACAUUGGAUCAGCUAUAAACCCUAAUGGACAGGGACUCGAAGUCAAAAUGGACAUUGGGCUUCCAGAUAUGACACAAAUGAACCAAAUGAAUCCAUUUAAUUGAUAAAAAAUCGAAACAACAAUCAAAAUAAAAACAAAUUUCAAUUGAUCAAAA